AUGUGGCGACGCGGUGGGUUUCUCUUGGGGCGGAUCCUUGACGACACAAACGCCAGUCAUGCCUUGCGAACGGUGAGGCGCGUGGAGCGCAGGCGUGUUGAGAAGGCGCAAGCCAGGCGGGCCACAGAGGGCACCAACCCAUAUAACAAGGCCCAAUAUAUCAAUGCCUUUGUCGAGGCAGAGAGCGCCAGAAUGACACACGAGCGGCUUAUGAAAGAAAACGCAGCUGAGGAGCAGUCGUUGUUGGCUGUCGUGAAUGCCGCCCGUCCACCAGUCGUCAUGGCGUCCGAUAAAAAUGUGCCGCCGGGCAAGACAGAGUCUGGUGCGGUUGCAUUUGGCGCUUGGCGUGAGGCAGAUCCCGCUCUGGAUCGUGUUUGUCUGUCGAUGGACCGUAACCUUCACUGCAUAGUGCGAGGGGCAACAACACCACCUGCUUUUUCGCCGGAGGCUCUCCAGCGCGGCAUUCCCACCCGUCUCCAGAGCGUACAACGGCUACUGCAGUUUGUUCACGCAAAUGGGCAUGGACGGUGGCCGAAAGGGAGACUAAACGCCUUUGCUGUUCGCAUGGAGACCUGUUUAAGCGCGGCGUGCGGGGAUGAUUUCAGCAUGAGGCAGCGAUUGAUGACGAUGCUGCUUUAUUCCGCCGCCAAGCGGAAUUGGGAACUGGCAUUCCAACUCUACCAGGAGCUGCUCUUACCAGCCAUACAGCAGCAACAGCGACGUGUGGGAGAAGGUGUUGGUGCUGUGACAGGGACCGAGGCCUCCGCCUCCGCCUCGACCUUUGUCGCCGUACUGUGUGAGUCCAUUCGAGCUUAUCACCACGCAGGGGCUUUGACGAGUUACUCCUGCCCGCCAUUCAACACUGUUGCAGAGCUGGUGCAUCCAUCGUCACCUCCUCUAUUGCCUGUUGCUGCCGCCCCACUGUUUAGCAUUCUUCAACCAAGUAAUAACGCGACGUGGGAGAAGGUGGUGGAGCUUGUACAGCGGUUUCAACCACACGGAAAUGCGCGGAUGUACCUCCCUGCCAUUGCGUGGGGGGAGAUGUUGCGGGCGAUGCAUCGCAUGGGGGCAUCGCUGACGGAGGUGCAGGGAGUUGUUGACAUCAUUACGGAUCCUAAUCGUACCAAAAAUGCCGAGAAACACAUGCGGGAUACGCAUAUCUGGAACGCGUACAUCUCCGUUAGUGACUGGGGGCAUGCGCUUGAGGUGUACUCAAACAACUUGGCUCACUACGGUGUGAAGAAGACGGCGGCAACGAGCGCCGCACUGAUGGAAUCACUUCUGCGAGACAGACAGUGGGAACAGGCGUUGGAUGUCUUCCACCGCUUGCAACAGAAAGAGGGGCAGCUCAUCAUAGGUACAUCCAGCGUCUUUACGGCUGUCUUCCAGGCUCUUGAGCAACAAGGCGACUGGCAGGCUGUGGUCUCGCUUUUAAUGGACUUUGAUCACUUCCUCGUGUAUUUUGGGGUUCCACACGACUUUUGGCUCACCUCACCGCUGAGGGAGGCGCUAAGAAGACCGCAGCACCUUAGUGAAGAUCAGCUGGUGCCAUUGGUGAGGGAAUUGCUAGGGUGCAGUCAUGUCACCUGCGAGCUUGUACGUGCAGUGGAGGCUGCUCUUGUCACAUGCAACCAACAGAAGCGGCAACGCGAACAGCACCCACAGCACGAGUUGUCUGCGGGGGCGGAGGACGUCUGUGACGAUAUCCUCACUGCUGAGGGUCUUCACGAUCUCAUGUGA